AUGUAUUUCUCUUCUGCUGCACUCCUCGCCCUUUGCUCUAUUAGCGUGACCUUCGCGGCGCCUUUCACCAAUCCCGAGAACGAGGACCUCGCUCGCCGCGCAACCUACUCCGUGGUCAAUGCUGAUGAAGACACCUCUUCCAGCUCUGUUGCACGUGAAGUCGACACUGUCUUCGAAACCUCCACUGUCACUGCUCCCGGUUCCAACCCAGUGCCUGUCACUGUCACUGUGACUGCUACCCCUUCGAGCGUGGCCCCCUCCUCGACUGCUGUGGCUAGCUCUACUCCAUGCUUGGAGAUCCUUAGUCUUCUUCCAACCCCGGGCUCUUCCUCUUUCUUCCGCCGGGGCCUGAGAGCCGCUGGUCAGCCCGCUCUCUUUGCUCGCGAGUACUCUAGCUCCUCUGCUUCGCUGUAUGCCAGGGUGUACCCCACCGCGUCUGCCGCUGAGUCUCUCUAUGCUCGUGGCUGGUACUCUUCUGCUUCUGGUACUCCCUCUGUCGCCACCCCUACCGCUUCGCCUACUUCGCUCGUGGCUCGCGGUUUCGUUGAUAUGUACUCUUCUGUUUCGGUCUCACCCUCUUCCAGCUUGAGCGCUUCCGUCACUGCCACUCCUCUCGUCGCUCGUGGCUGGUACUCUUCUGUCGCCACCCCAUCUUCCUCGGCGACUCCCCUUGUUGCUCGUGGCUGGUACUCCUCUGUUGCUACCCCCUCUGUCUCGGCGACUCCCCUUGUGGCUCGCGGCUUCUAUGUGUCUCCCUCCGGCACUCCCUCCAGCUCGAGCGUCCCUACUUCGGCUGCUCCUCUUAGCUGCCCGCGGACAAUAUGGCUGGUACUCUUCCGUCCCUAG